CGACGGUCCCGGGUAAGAUGGCAUACCGUACGAGGGGACAAAGUCCUCCCGCAACGGCAGCGCCGACGAAGGCAGCGGCGACGAUGGCUUGGGCCUGAUGUAGCGCUGUAGCUCCGACGGGGCGAAGCAGAUGCUCGGAGGGAGUUUCUUCGACUCAGGCAGAUCGGCGACAUGGCUGUUCUCACUGCGUUCUCGCUUCCUCUGCUUCGGCUUCCAGUCAUCAGUUCCGCCGGCGGGGCCUCCAAGUCCAAGUUUGGGUACGGAUGGUGCGCUAGAGCUGGGGGUAGUAGUCCCGAUACCGAAGUGACCCGCGGCUCGAAAUGCCAAAGCCAGUCGGCUCAUGGUUCUCGGGGCAGGAGGUGGAGGGGGCAACACGCCCAAGAUCUCCUCCUCGGUGUAUCGUCCGAUGAGUUUUUUGGGCGCGUCGGCAGGGAUGAAUCGAGUGAUCUCGUUCUCAAUGGUGAACGGAUGGUCCUUGAAUGCGUCGUCGAGGUUGAGACGAGCGGCAGAGAACGCGGUCUCUGCAGCAUCGCCGUCCGCCUGUGUUCCACGAUAGAUGUAUCGGAUUUGAUAGCCACUCCCGUCCAGAGUCUGUUCGACCUCGGUCGGCCAGGGCUGUACAGAGAGAGUCGCGCGUAGACGGAACACCUUGUUAGCGACUUGCUGGACAGUGCGUUCCGUUCCAGCGUGGACGUACCUGUACGGUGAGGGUCAUGUUGA